GUGUUCCUGGGUCAGAUGACUUUUCUUGAAGGUCGAGAGGGAUUCUGAUGAUCAGAUCAGUUAAUCUGUUCACUUUGUCAGUGUGGGGCAACAGGGGGCAGCAUGAGGCCCAGUGGGCUAAGCCUCCGUGCUUAUGAUUGGAAGGUUGCUGGAUUGAAUCCGGCCUUGGCAAAUCUGAGGCUCCUUGAGCAAGGCCCUUAACCCCCAGCUCCCUGGGUGCUGCCAUGGGUGGCUACCCUUGGUGGGCAGCUUUCUCUCACCUACAGAGAGCAAGCUGGUGCAGGUGUAAAGAACUUCAACAUGGGGAUCAAUAAAGUAUCUUUAAAAAUAGUGUAUUUUCAUUUCACAGAAGUAUGAAUGUUAGCUGAACCAACACUUGGCUAGAAUGGACUUGCUUUACAAAGCACCAGUUAGUGGUAGCAUCUGUGUUUGUAGUCUGCACAUGAAUGCCACUGAUUAUGGGUUCUUCUUACCUUGUGUUAGCCCAGCGUUAUGUUUUAGAAGGACAGUCGGAAGCGGCUCCUUGCUGGCCUGCUAAUCUGAAGAGUGCCGGAUCAGCCUGACCCAUCAGAGUGGUUCAUUCACAAACACAAACGGUCUCUGAUGCAUAUCUACAGUAUUCGAAGCUUUGCUGCCGUUUUACAUGGGUGUGGUUGGCUGCCAGCUAACCUCAGCUAUAAAGCAAAAGGGUAUUUAUCUGGUAAAUAUUAAUUUAAGCACCACUCAUACAUUAACAUUGCUUUUCAGUUACAAUAAUAAUAGUAAUCCAGCCAUGCCCAGCGCGUAAUUAAAAAUAAUUUGCCGAAUAUCAUUGUUCUUUGUUAAACAGACCUGUACAAUUGUGUACGAAGGAACAUAAAUUUAUAAAGCAUGCUCUGGGAACGAACCCUGUACCUGCGAGGGGGACUGAAUAAUUAACUUACCUAAUUUAGAGUCACGUCAUGGCCGGCGCUUGAAGGCCGUGUACUAUACGGCCAUGUACUAUACAUUGUACUGGACAGGCUGUGCAGAAAUCUUUAGGAAAACACCUGCCUGAUGCUUUACACUAACACACACACACACACACACACACAUAUCAUCGCGUUGCCGUACUUCCUCGUGGCAGUAGGCCUACAAAUACACCGUAUCUUCAUCCAGACCCGAGACUACGUUUGAAGCAAGAUAAGCCCCAGUCAAGUGGGGAAAUAACGUGAAAUAAACGUAUUAAUUUUUAAAGGUGUAUCACGAAAACUUUGGGUUAUAACCAGGAUAUACAAAUCCAUGAAAGAAACUUCAGCGAAAUACAGAUACUAAAACCAUACAGUGAAGUACGGCUUGCGGCAUGUUUCAGCUUUUAAGUCCUUCAUCUGGCUCGGCUGAUGUGAGCAUCACCAACGCUUGACAUAACGACUUGUAAACUUCAGCAGGCUGACUGGGUCUCAACGCACAAGCAGCCAUUUUAACAGAAAUUAGAGAAUUGAAGAGCUCCCAGGCUGAGUCCCCGGAGCCCAUCGCGGCCGGGAUGCUGAUUUGCCGUCUGUGGAUCAGGGUGGUGCUGCAUGCCAUGCUGACAGCUUCUGGGAGGAGGUGCUGCUACUGACACAUCCCUGGGGGCGAGGGAUCCCAUCCACCUCUCAACAUGGCGAAACCUGGAGGCAGCCCCGCAGAAAAGCAGCGGCUCCCCGCCAUGGUGCUGUCCGUCGGGCGUCCGUAGCGUUUAUGAUGCUGGAAGAUGGACAAGUUUUCGGCGAGCAUUUCCGAGAUCUCCUGGAGCUCGGUGUCCUUGCCUCUGGAUGUGGUGGUCGGCAAAUUCAGGCUGCCGACACUGGUGCGACUGAGCCAAGGGGAUCACGUAGAGGGCCUGAGCGAGCAGGACGUGCUGCUGCUUCACUCUUGCAGGCAGUGGACCACGGUGACGGCACACAGCCUGGAGGAGGGUCACUACGUCAUCGGGCCCAAGAUCGACAUCCCUCUGCAGUAUCCAGGGAAAUUCAAGCUGCUGGACCAGGACCGUGAUGUGCGAGAGCCGGUGCAGUACUUCGCCAGCGUGGAGGAGAUUGCCGGAAUAUUCCCUGACAGAGUGUUUGUGAUGGAGGCCAUCACCUUCAGCGUGAAGGUCGUGUCUGGAGAAUUCAGCGAAGACAGCGAGGCCUACAACUUCACACUGCAGACGGGCGACGAGCUCACGCUCAUGGGCCAGGCGGAGAUCCUGUGCGCCAAGACGGUGCGCGAAAAAUCACGCUUCAAUACCAUCCUGCGUAAGCUGGGCAAGAGCAACACGUUCACCAAGCAGGUGAAGGGCAAGAUGCCCUGCCUGAUCUGCAUGAACCACCGCACCAACGAGAGCAUCAGCCUGCCCUUCCAGUGCAAGGGAAAGUUCAGCACACGCAGCCCGCUGGAGCUGCAGAUGCAGGAGGGCGAGCACACCAUCCGCAGCAUCAUCGAGAAGGUCCGCCUGCCCGCCAAUGUCACUGUGCCCAGCCGGCCCCCCCGCAACCCCUACGACAUUCACGUCAUCCGCGAGGGCAACCGCUACAAGUUGGUGAGCAUCAUCUCCAAAACGGUGGUCCUCUGUUGCAUCCUGCGCAAAGAGGAAGUGAUCCCUUUCCACUUCCUGCUGCUUACGGACAUGCCCCGCUUUAUCUUGCCAGAGGGGCUCCUCAGGGGCGACCCGGUUUUCGAGAAGGUCACUUUGGAGAGCGCCUUAAUCUGCCAGGAGAAAUUCAACCCGGAUGACUACUCAAAAGCGGUGAGGGAGGCUAAGACCGACUUCACGGAGGAGUGCACCAGCCCGCGUCGAAUCCGUGUGUGCCUCCAAGGCUACACCUCCCCGGGCUUUACCUCCCCAGGCUAUGGGCGUGAUGACAUCACACAGUCGCUGCAGCGCCUCUCGCUGUGCGUUUAUGGCGGCGGCGGCGGCGGCGGCUCACUGAUCAGUGCCAACGGCGACGGGCAUUCCCAGAGCUGCAGGGACUCACUGGGCGAGCAGCAGAUCUUGCCACACGAACUCCUCACGCCCAGCGAGGGCGGCGACACCGACCGCGAGUACAUGACGCCCGAUUGGCCUGACGGUGAAUUCCGGAACCCUGAGCAGCUGGAAAUUCCGUAUGAGGAGCUAUGGAUGAAUCAAAACCCAGCGGGUCAAGGCGACACCUGCGGAAAUCCCGCCAUGUCGGACCCCACGGGGAAGGCGGAGCACAACUUGAUAUCCUUCCACUCCUCUUCUUCCUCCUUGGAGAGUGCCAUGGGGCCAUCCCACGUCAGCGUGGUGCAGAUCGAGACGAGCACCGUCCCGACUCCACCUCCCGUCCCUCCUAAGUCGGAAGCUGUGAAGGAGGAAUGCCGCUUCCUCAACGCGCCCCCGGUCCCGCCACGGGCUGCCAAAGGAGGCCCUGCCCCCAGCCCACCGGUGCCGCCGCGGUUCCCCAAGUGCCAGCUGCCGCCGGCCUCCGGCACCCCCAGCCCCGGCCUCUCCUACUACUCAUCGGGGCUUCAGGAUGUCUCCGGUCCUCGCAGUGGCAGCUGCUCGCCGUCCCCGGAUUCCUACUCCCUCUACUGCUACCCCUGCACGUGGGGGGACUGUAAGGCGACCGACUCGGCCAGCCGCCCACUCACCGGGGGUGGGGGCAGCCCCGGGGUGCAGCCCGCCCAGGCUUCCUGGUCGGACCCCUGGGCCUUCUCAGACAGCACGCCCAGCGUGGCCAGUGGUCGCUCCACACCGCUCUUGAGCACAGACUCCACGCACAAGAGCUACUACAGCUGCCCCAGACUGAAGCCCCCGCAUUCCCAAAAGCGCUUCGCCCCUUUCGGGGCCUUGAACCCUUUCGCCAACCCCGGCUACGGACGGAGUCUGUCCUCGUCCCCAGCAGAGUGGCUGGACAGCAGGGACCGGCCACGGCCCCCCUCCCUGUCCUCAGACACCUUUGACUCCUGCGUGAGCCGCAUAUCGCCCGACAUCGCCGCCCCCAAGGCGGGGCGUGACACGACAGGCAGCCAGAAUGAACAGACCCUGAAAGGCAGCGAGGGCAGCCAGGGGACCGGGCCAACCCCCCCUCCCCGGCCAGCCAAAGGCUUUGAGGCUGAAAACAUCGUCAUCAGGAGCGUGGCCCCUCUCUCCCCCGCCGUCGUCAGGGGGGCCGAGGGCGGCAUCACCAGGGUUUACCUCACACAGGGCGUCAUCGAGGUCCCGCCAGCGUCCACCAAGUGCAGCUCCGAGAGCUCCUCCUCGACCCCCUCCGGGGAUGCCCCCAGCGCGGCCCAGACUACCGGGGAGGGGCCUAUGUGGCACCCCCCCUCGGACCUCUCCAUGCUCUCUGUGGAGGAAGUCUCUAAGUGCCUGCGCUUCAUCGGCCUGUCGGAGGACGUGGUGGCCUUCUUCGUGAGGGAACGCAUCGACGGCAGCAUCUUCGUGCAGCUCACAGAGGAGAUCCUGUCCGACGACUUCAAGCUGACCAAGCUGCAGGUCAAGAAGAUCAUGCAGUUCAUCAAAGGCUGGAGGCCCAAGAUCUAAACGCAGCUUGACCGUGGUUGUGGUUGUGAGGGCCGCGGUUCAGACCUGUGCAGGGCCGGGGGGCCGAGCCCCACGACAGCAGAAAUGUCACUAACACAGGCCUAGCAGCCUCCCGCUACUGCUAUUCCUGCCCCAUGGCCGUUUAGAGGUCACCCUCAUUCUGGGUUCAGUUAGAACCUGACGGGUGUCUGCGCAGGGAAUUAAACCACCGGUAAACGAUAUGGCCAUGUGUUCCCAAAGGACAGUGUCUGCACGCUGAGUCGAUGUUGUGUGUCCGAGCUUUAUGAAUGAUUUUAUGAAUCAUCUGAUGAAUCAUUUCAUGUGCCUUGUGGUUUAAAAUCAUUAUUUGUGGAAAAAGCUUCCGUGUGAAUUGAUUUGGAGUAAGUUUCGUCUUUUUUUUUCUUCUUUUUAAUGUGAAUUAUAGGUCCGGCUGAAGCCAGGACUUGGUGGACUUGAAGUGAGUCGAAUCUAAAAGUCUGUAAAACACAAUGUUAAAUGCAGAAGCUUAAUGUUAAUUUUUCCAUUUAUUUAAAUACAAGCCCAACCUGGAAUGACCUUUAGACCUUUGACUGAAGAGGUUCAUGCAGUCGGGUGCGGGUGGUUCUCGCAGCUGAAUGGGUCGCACACUCCUGAGACUGCCGUCAGCACAAACGGUUGUUUAUGUUGAAGUUUUUUUUUCCCGUUUUAAGUUUGGGGUUCUCCAGGUGCUAGGGCCCACGCUGGCCACUAACCUGCCACCCACGAACCCACGUCUGUGCUGCCCUUCCUGCUGAAGCCAAGAGGACAAACUCUGAGAAAUCACAGCAAAGUUGUACCCUGGGCCUCGUUGCUAGGCAACCGCACGGAUGGAUCCCAGAACCCCUGGCAUUUGCCAGAACUCCUUCCAGAACAGCGUGGUUCCUCUCUCAACACAAGUACAAAUUUUCUCCAACCACUUUUUUUAUAUAUAAAAUAAACUUCUUGCAGCAGAACUCUUAAAAAGGGAAGCAAGCAUCUUUUGUACGACCAUGAGAACAUGCCUGUAAUUAAGUACACUGUAUUAAAGGACUGUAAUUUGAGUUUACUAAUCACUGCUGUCUGUGUAUAGUGUUUGUCAGAUGGCUGUAAAUUACAGUUUAAUUACUGGGUUUUAACAUCUUUGUGCCCAAAAGUUUGUAUGUAUAUUUAUGGAUCGACUUUAUUUCCCUUCUGUAGAGCAUUAUAUUAUUAAAUAAUAUUUAACAACCGUAGCGUUAUUUCAAUUGUACUGAAAUUUUAUUUUCUGUAUGCUUUAAUCCUUAUGGAUUAGAAGAAAAUAAAUAGCAUACAAAAUUA